CGGCGAGAGAUUUGAUUGCGUUUGUAGCGCCCGAUGCGUAAUAUGUCGUUUUCUUAAUAUAUCUGGAAAGUAUGUUUAUCAUCGAUCAGGCAAAUGCAUUCUGUGGUCUCGCAGCCUGCAAAUAGCAAUGCAGUGUUCUCCAGCUAGGAUGUCUGUUGUCUUUUUAGAAUCAUUGUAGCGCCGUUUUAUUCUCCAGAUAUUUCCAGCUAAUGCAGAAUUACGCAUGGAGUGCGUCGACAGCGACAUAUUUCGACAUGGACUUUAGCCACACAAAGUGGAUGUGAAUUUCCCCCUGUAUUGCUGUUGCACACACGCACGCAAAUCGUACACAUAUAUGCAUGACAACGCGUUUUAAAAUGGUAUCUAGUUUAAUGUUUCAGAUCGACUUUGUUCAUUGAUAAACGCCGGCUUCCAGCUCUCGGUGACCAACGGUCGGCAUUGUCGUGGUGAGACGGAUCUCCAGUUUCAUGGAGCUCACAUGAAACUUGCACAUUUUUUUUUCGGUUUGCGAGCCUCCAGGCUUUAUUUUUACGGCAUCUGUCAAGUUUAAUUAUUCAGCAGCCUUCGUGAUUGUUGUCACUGCCGCCCAGUAAUUGCAGUUUAUGGUCUAUUUGGUGCGUAAUUUAUGUUUUCCCAAAGGUUUACAUUACUGUGGUCCGAGACAGCACCGUCAAGCCUUACAGAGUACAUAAUAACACUGCCGGUAACCUGUUUCAAAAUAGUCACGACUGGGCUUUGUUAGGCAAAAUUCUAACUUCAGGUAAGAAAAAACAUAAUCUAUAUUCAAAUAUUUGAUUAAAUAUUUAUAAUUCAAUUUCAGACUGUACUUCCCAAGAUUAUUAAUGACCCACUAGACUCAAAUACAUUCCAGAAAAUAAUGUGAUUUUUUUUCAUUAUCAUCUAUUUUAUGCACAAAUAUGCUCAGUUUAAAAGUGCUCUCGGGUGAUAAUUAUGUUGUUUACUUUCUUAACCUGUUUAUAUAGUAUUUUAUAUGCUGGAAGACAAAAAAAAAAAAGCAAAAAUAAUGCCAUGGCUGGAUUCUACCCCUAUACUCGGUUGGGUCAAGGUUUAGUGAAGUGUGUUUCAGUUUUUUAAAAAGUGACAUAGGUCAUUAUUUUAAGAGGGUGUCAAAAUGAAACUGACCAAAGGAACCAACCUGACAAUUUAAAGAUUAGAAGUUUCUGUAAUAUUAUUUUUCUUCAAGAUUGGUUCAAACAAUUAAGGUGUUGUUGGAAUUUGUCAUUUUAUAGGCUAUAGUAGCACUGCAGUGUUUGAGAGGAGCUAUAAGUGAGCUGGUGUGCUCGAGCUGCAGUGAGCAAUGAAGGGAUGGGUGGGGAAAGAGGCAAUGCUAAAAUUUCUGCAUCAAAAAGUCCGCUAAGGUUUAUAAAUUCAAUCAUCUCCCCACGUUCGCAAGAGUCCACGUUGUAACUGCUACAAGGACAUCAAUGCAUACAUGGAAUCAAAAGUAGUUUAGCAACAAGAAAAGCACUCAGAGAAUGCAGCACUCCACCAAGGCUGCUCAGUCGCAUCAUUUCCCACAGAUGACAUCUUUAAUAAAAAAUUACUUUGCACUGAGAACAGGCGUGUGUUAUACAUGUGUACAUUAUGUACGGAUACUCAAUGGCCUAAAUAUGUAGCGAGUGAAUUGAUGAGACUCAGAAACACCCCCACAUUUUAAUCAAUUGUUCCUUGUAUCAUUUCCAAUGAGAAGUCCCGAUAAGUCUGCAACAGUCGAUUUGAAGUAGGAUUGCAAUCGUGAUCGUCAGCAGGCAGCUGAUGUAGUGUUCACUUGUUGUCAUGGUUACAGUGACGCUGUGUUGCUGUCUCGCAAUGAUACGGAAAUCCUUAACACAUUCAUCCAGACCAUAAGCCGCAUCACUGGCAAAAUCUAAUCACUUGGUCUUUGUGUCACUUCUGACCUUCCCUGAAAAUUUCAUUCAAAUCUGUUAGUCUGUUUUGAGAAACAUUGCACACAGACAGACAAAUGUAUGCCGAGAAAACAACAAAGGAAUCAGGACUUAAAGGAGGCACCAGUGUAGAAAUAAAUUCCAUGCAUUGUAAGAAAUAAAAGGACAAUGUUAACAGAAAAAACCCGAUGAAUGUGUAAUUUUUAAACAGAAAGAUGAAUUUCUAGGGGGUUAAUCAAUGCCUGGAGUGGGACUUUUAAUUCAAGUAUAAAUCUGAAAUGUUUUCUUGUAACUUACAAAGAGUUAUUAUUUAUUUAAAACAGUAAUGAGAGCAUAUAUGGUAUAAUUACAUUAAAAGUUGCUCAGUUGUUUAAAGUAACAUUACGUACAUUACAUAAAACCUCUUACAACAUUUAAAAACAACAAUGCACAUUAGAAUCUGAUCAUUUGGUGUUUAUUUAUAUAUGAUUCAAGACCUUUGUUUAUCGCGAACAAAAUUAUACAUAGUAUAAUGUGCAGUGAAAUGCAUCAUGUAUGUUUAAAACAACCAGAUUUGACCAACGUGCUGUACAUGUUAUAAGUCAGGUAGCAGCAGAAAAGAUGAAAAACAAGACAGACUACACCGUUGGGCUGUUCCAAAGCUUUGGAGCUGCUGCGUAAAGACAUGUGUGUUGCUUCAUUAAUAGACUGUUAGCCGUGGGUUUUCUGAUGAUAAUAAUAUAUAUCUGAGUCUCCUGAUCAGUCAGGUACAUCUGAAGAAGCCUCUGAGAUGAGAAUGAAACUUCUUCAAGAACCAAAAAGAGACUGAAGCUUCCUGUCUUUUUCCAUUGUUUUGAUGUGCACUGGUCUAUAAAUCUAAUUUUACAAACCUUUAGCUUUGUCAGUCAUUUGCAAAGCACUUUCGUAGUUUGUCUAAAAAGAGAUUUUUGAUUGACAUAUCAAAUGUGGCAGAGGUGCAAUCAAGUUCAGUUUAUCUGAAUUAGUCUUGAGUUUGGGAUCAGAUUCUUGUGCCUUUACAGUAGCAGCUCCAAAGCUUUGAAUCAGCCCUCUCCUCCCCAAACAUUAUUUCAGUUAAUAUUGAAACACUUUGCUUGGGUUUAGCUUAUUUUGGAAAAGGGGAAGUUAGGUUGAUUAAAAAAUAAAUAAAAGGUUGUAGAAUCAAUAAAAACAGCCCUCAAAAAUAAGAUUAUAAAAUGUGAAGAAGAAGAAGAAGAAGAGACUGUUUGAUAUUUAUAUUUAUAUCUGUGCUUUUAUUGUGGAGUUCUUAAUCUCGGCGGUCUCGCGUUGUCUUGACGUCGUUGCCCUCUUUUCCUCGCGGAUGCGGCCCCGGCGAGACGGGCAGGCGGUGAUGCGGCCUUGAGGUCUGCCGCGGAGCGAUCUGCCUGACGACAAAGAGCGGAGAUGUUGUUCUGAGGCGGAGGAUCCCAUUACAGAGGACGCAUGUUGUAAUAUGGUCGAAACAAAAGAGUGAGAAGAGACAGGCCUGCCUUCAAAAACAAAAACAGCGACACGUUUCCUCGUUUUUAAGACCCAAUCUGGCUUUCCGCACUAACUUUUAGCGGAUUUAUAGGCGGCGCGAAAUGGAGAAGAAAAGGUGGGAUUGCACUGCUCUCCCCAAGGGCUGGAAAAUGGAAGAAGUGACCAGAAAGUCGGGUUUGUCAGCUGGAAAGAGCGAUGUCUAUUAUUUUAGGUACUAAAAACGAACAAGGGGCUCGUAAAACAAAAAACAAACUUACUCACAUUGAGUUCAGACAGGAGCUGGGUGAUCGGGAUAAAGUUUGGGAAGUGAAGGGGAGGGGGGUUUGUUUUGUGGCGGGGCAACGAGGCCAGCCAGGCCGCCUCCUCUCACAGUUUGUUGGGAUGAAGAAAUGUGUCCGGCCGGGCGGUGCUAGCAGCAGCCUGGCUCGGCCUCUCUCAUGAAUGAAACCCAGUGUAUCCUCAGUCACUAUUACUCUUUUAUUACUGCAUUGAAGUGAAUCAACAACGCCAGAUUUGUUUUCAUUUAGCAGAGGAGAAGAGCAAGAUGAGGAACAGAGGCAAGAGAGGGGGGAGGCGGGUCGGUUGUAUAGUUUGUGUCCAUCUGGAAAGAAGUUUCGGAGCAAGCCUCAGCUGGCCCGUUACCUUGGAAACCAGAUGGACCUCAGCUCCUUUGAUUUCCGCACGGGCAAGAUGCUGAUGAGCAAGUUGAACAAGAACCGUCAGCGCCUACGAUAUGAUAACAACAACCAGAACAAGGGUAAACCAGACUUGAACACGUCGCUCCCAGUCAGACAGACGGCCUCCAUCUUUAAGCAGCCUGUUACUAAGGUUACCAACCAUCCCAACAACAAAGUGAAGACAGAUCCUCAGAAAGCCGUCGACCAGCCCAGACAGCUAUUUUGGGAGAAGAAACUCAGUGGUCUCAAUGCUUAUGACAUUGCAGAGGAGCUUGUGAAAACAAUGGAACUGCCUAAAGGCCUGCAAGGUGUUGGUCCAGGCUGCACAGAUAAAACUCUCCUGUCGGCCAUCGCCAGCGCUCUGCACACCAGCGCUGCUCCGAUCACCGGCCAGCUGUCUGCUGCUGUGGAGAAAAACCCGGGAGUUUGGCUCAACACUGCACAGCCACUGUGCAAAGCCUUCAUAGUCACUGAUGAAGACAUCAGGAAACAGGAGGAGCUGGUGUACAGUGUGAGGAAAAGGCUGGAGGAGGCGCUCAUGGCCGAUAUGUUGGCCCAUGUCGAGGAGGCUGCCAACGAAGGAGAGGCUCUGAAGGAGGAGGGCAACGGCAGUGAAGACAUGGAGAGCGUAUAGCACAGGUUUCUGCAAAGGCCAAAUGGGUCAUUCAUCGCCUGCACACACGACCGUGAACAGUCGGAACCCUAUUCCAGUCCAGCCCUGAAGAACUGCCCCCCAGUAUCGACGUCCAACCUUACCCCAAACCUGACAAGCCUCCAGUCCAACGUAAAGAGCCGUUUUCCCUCCCCAAAAAGUCUCAAACACCUCCAUUCAUCUUCAACUCCUCUGAAUGGGACUCCUUGACCGAAUUUCUGAGCCCAGAUGAUUUUUGAUGACGAAAACAAAAAAUUACAAAACAAGAAGUGAACUCUCAAAUAUUCAAAAUAACUUGUAUACAAUGUGUCAAUUUCAGUGUUCAAUGUUAACUGUAUUUUUUACUAAAAAAAGGCUUUGAAUGGGUUGGUAUUUUUUGCGACAAUCAUGUGAAAUUCAAAAGUUUUACGUCCGCAAAAAGUCGAUUUUUGUUUGUUUGUUUUGUUUGGGGGCAGAUUGGGAUGAAUGUUUUAUAUUGUAGGCAUCUUUCUUGACUUUUUAUGAUGCACUCCACUAGUAGUCAGUCACAGCACACGCAGAUCUGCUUUUCUAGUGGGAACGGUACAACAAGAGUAGAGCUAAUUUAAACCUGCAGGCGGCUGAUGUUACUAAUGGCAGUGGUUUGAAGCUUGUUUGUCUGUCGGAGUGGACGGUUUUUAUUGUUUCAAGAAAAUAUUGUCUUUCAUGUCAGCUGUGUUGUCCGAAGAGUGGCGUUCAGUGUUGACCAAAGAGGAGACGUGUCAUUUCAGAUCGGUAUUUUAGAGCACGCUGGCCCUGCUGUUAUACAACUAAAUGUAAGAAAACUGAUGCACGAUGGGGCGCUGUGGGAGAGAAAUGACCUGAAACCUCUUUCGGUUGUGCAGUUUUUACUGUUUCCACCUCUCAUCAUCGUUACAGGUGCUUACUGAUGUUGUGAGAUGUUGCUUUUUAAAGCUUUCUUACAGUUUCAGUCCAUGUUUUUUUUUUUUUUAAUUUUUAAACGUGUCAAUGUUACCACACACACGCUGCCUCCUCCUAAAUCCACGCACAAAAUUGGUGUCACAGCGAAUUACGGUUAGUUUUAAUGUGUUUUUCAUCGAUUAGCUUGUGAGGAAUAAUGCUUUUUGUAUUUUUUAAUCCCUGUUUGAUGAAUAAUGAAUAAUGCAUCCAGCUGAAAUCAUGAAAAGUCCCUCAAUAUCAGCAGGCUGAUUGCUGAAAUGAAUCUGAUUGUAAUAAAAUGUGUCAGUAUAUCGCUAAA